AGGAAAAUAUGAAUGUCACUUUAUUAAUACUUAUGUGAAAGCCUUGUGUACAUGUGGUCUGACUUUUCUGGAAGAUUUUCAAUUUAAAAUAUUCUGCCUUAUUCUCAAGUGUACAUUCCUUGACUUUUUUCUUCCUUUUUUGAGAAAUUGAAAAUUGAGAAAGUGGAGAAUUUGAGAAUUGAGAAAUAGGGUAACUCUUAGGAAAGAAGUAUUGUUCUACUACGGUUAGUGAAUGGAAGGGGGAAAUUCUUCUGGAAAUGCAGCCUUAAGUAUUUUUUUUUUUUUGCGCUACGCGGGCCUCUCACUGCUGUGGCCUCUCCCGUUGCGCAGCACAGGCUCCGGACGCGCGGGCUCAGCGGCCACGGCUCACGGGCCCAGCCGCUCCGCGGCACGUGGGAUCUUCCCGGACCGGGGCACGAACCCGUAUCCCCUGCAUCGGCAGGCGGACUCUCAACCACUGCGCCACCAGGGAAGCCCAGCCUUAAGUGUUUCUACGGACAGAACAAAUCUGUCUAGUUUGUCAAAAUUCAUCAUGAAAUUUUAACUUGAAAAUCCUCUAAUUUACUGUAAACUGGAAUAGCUAGUAUCAAUCUUGAAAAGAACAUCAAUUUGAAAAGAAAAUUUAUCAGGCUAUGAAAAGAUGAAGCAUGUGUUGAAAUAAAAUUGGAAGAAUGGCAUAAAUUUUUUAAAACUUUAUUUGAAAAUGUGUUUAAGAAAUUACUCUUUAGAAUUCAUUGUAGCAUUAGUACUAAAAUUCAUACAGAAAAUUGAGUUAAAGAGUAACAUCAGUGUGUAAAUAGUCAUUCAGGGUAAUCCAAUAUCAGUUUCCUUUAGGGACAAAUUUAAUUGGUAGAGAGGCAGGCAGGAGAGUGUUUUUGAUUUAUGAAGAGUUAAAAAAAAAUCCUUCGUGUGUAAGUCGACAAAGUGCUGCUGUACUUACGGAAAUGGAGUCAUAAUUGUUCAUCCACGCACGGAUUUUAUGUUUAGAAGCUAAAACUCACAGAGACAUGAGGGUGGAAUUUGGGUGUUGUUGAUUACAUUUGAUAAUAAAUCACAGCUGCAGUUCUUUAAUACUAAAAUCUCUGGUAUGGGGGAUUCUGGGAGUUCCCCAGACCCUUUCAGGGGGUCCGUGAAGUCAGAUUGUUUUCAUGGUAACGCUGAGACAUUAUUUGCCUUUUCACUUUCACAAGGGUUCACAGAAGUUUUCUAGAGGCUACAUGGCUUGAUAGAACAGAUCGGAUGAAAAAGCAACUGUAUAGAUUAGAAAAGUCAAAGGGGGGCGGGUACAGAUGGAGCGCCCCAGACCUUUACCUUUCCGUUCCUUUGUGUUCUUCACUCGCCUAUUACUGUUACAGUCCUGGGGCGUUAGAGAAUAAGCUGUGUGGAAGCAUCAGUUCAUAGCAGUAAUGCACACUGUACAGAUAAGACAAUUGAAGCUGCUGAAGCCCUGCUUCAUAUGGAAUCUCCUACCUGCUUGAGAGAUUCAAGAAGUCCUGUGGAAGUGUUUGUCCCUCCUUGUGUAUCAACUCCAGAAUUUAUCCAUGCUGCUAUGAGGCCAGACGUCAUUACAGAAACAGUAGUGGAGGUGUCAACUGAAGAAUCUGAACCAAUGGAUACCUCUCCUCUUCCUACGUCACCGGAUAGCCAUGAACCAAUGAAAAAGAAGAAAGCUCAAAGGGCUUCGCAGAUUAUCAGAUCCUCUGCAAUCGUUGGCCGUAAACCAAAGACCCAGCCAUCGCCAAUUUCCAAUGGGUCUCCUGAGUUAGGUAUAAAGAAGAAACCCAGAGAAGGAAAAGGAAACACAACCUAUUUAUGGGAGUUUCUUUUAGAUCUACUUCAAGAUAAAAAUACCUGUCCCCGGUAUAUUAAGUGGACUCAGAGAGAAAAAGGCAUAUUCAAGCUUGUGGAUUCAAAGGCUGUCUCUAAGCUUUGGGGAAAGCAUAAGAACAAGCCAGACAUGAACUAUGAAACUAUGGGACGAGCUCUGAGAUACUAUUACCAAAGGGGCAUCCUCGCAAAGGUCGAAGGGCAGAGGCUUGUGUACCAGUUCAAGGACAUGCCCAAGAACAUAGUGGUCAUAGACGAUGACAAAAGUGAAACCUGUAAUGAAGAUUUAGCAGCAGCCGCUGAUGAAAAGUCAUUGGAACGAGUGUCACUGUCUGCCGAAAGCCUCUUGAAAGCGGCCACUUCUGUGCGUGGCGGGAAAAACUCAUCUCCUCUCAACGGCUCCAAAGCAGAGAAGGGUGUGGCUAGAGUGGUGACCCUCUCUCCCCCCGGGCAUGAGGCUCCGGCCAGGUCUCCUACUACUACCGCAUCUGUGUCGGCCACAGCGGCUCCGAGGACAGUUCGUGUGGCAAUGCAAGUGCCUGUCGUCAUGACCUCGCUGGGGCAGAAAAUUUCCACGGUGGCCGUGCAGUCGGUUAACGCAGGCGCGCCCCUCGUAAGCAGCACUAGCCCAACGGCAGCGGCCUCUCCGAAGGUGCUGAUCCAGACGAUCCCCACUGUGGUGCCAGCCUCCACGGAAAGUGGCGACAAGAUCACCAUGCAGCCUGCCAAAAUCAUCACCAUCCCGGCCACGCAGCUCGCUCAGUGUCAGCUGCAGACGAAGCCCAACCUGCCCGGGUCGGGAAGCAUUAACAUUGUCGGAGCGCCCCUGGCCGUGCGGGCCCUCACCCCGGUUUCGCUAGCGCACGGCGCGCCCGUCGUGAGGCUGGCGGUGCCGCCUCAGCAGGCGUCUGGCCAGACUCCUCCCCGAGUCAUCAGCGCCGUCAUAAAGGGGCCGGAGGUGAAAGCGGAGGCAGCGGCCCACAGGCAGGAGCACGACGUGAAAACUCUGCAGCUGGUGCGGGAGGAGAAGCCGGCGGGCGCGGAGCAGACGGUGACCCACGUGGUGGUCGUCAGCGCGCCCUCGGCCCUCGCCCUUCCCGUGGCCGUGAAAGCCGAGGGGCUGGCCGCGUGCGACAAGUAG